AAUCAAACAGUGAAGGCUUUCGUCUUGAACACCGUCUCGUCUCAGUCACAUUUUCGUCUUGCAAACAAACGGAGGGGAGACAUGUCUCAAUUGUGAUGUCUCACACUAUACUUUCUUUUUUCCACCUACAACACGAACAUUAUUUGAAAAAUGAUAUAGGCAAACAAUAGCCUACAUUACAUGUUAAUAGUGGUUGGGGAGGGUGUUCCAGAGCGAGGGUGUAGCGACUUAGAAGGUCCCCCCAUCCGGAGCUUGGUCCCGGUGGCUUUAAGUGCGGAUGCGUCCUGUGGACAAAUACAAAGCGCGCAGUCGCAGUGUGCGGAAGUUAAAAAUGCUUUCACAUUUUUGCUUGCUAGGUAGCUCGGUAGCUUUCUAGCCUAUACAUACUUUUCAUCUAAUUGUGUGGAUUUCUGAAGAGUUUGUCGACUAUGGAUGAACAUCACUGACUGUUAUCUGGACAACUUGGCUAGAUGGAUAGCUAACUAGGCUAGUAGUAGCAAUGUCAACGUAGUGCUUAGCAGGCUAGUUUUUCGUGGCACCCGACCUGUCAACUUGGACUGUAGCACCGAGCUAGCCACGUAGAAAGGUUAGAAUGAGAAAAUAAGUAAAUCUAACGGCAGCUGGUACCUACCUAGGUCUUUAAGGUCCUAUUAGUUUCCAUACAUUAACCAGCAGCACAUAAUGUAUAGUGGGUACGUGGAGUCUGCUGGCAGAGCAGUGCUGGAGAUGAUGCAGAGAGAGUGGGAACCUCUAUCCCAAGGUGAACUUGAACAGAGCUUGGACCAAGCAGUUGAGAAAAUACUGGAAACAGAACUUUUAUCCAAAGUUCGGGUCCAACCUGCCCCUGUGUGCCUACAGCGGGUAGAACCUCAAGUGCAUGCCGAAACGGUCCUAUCAACAGAUUUGAGUACAUUUCCCCCUGAACAACAGGAGGGGUCUGAGACUCAACAGUCGAGUGACUCUGUGGACAAUAUUGCAGUGAAGUUUAUUACAGACCUCCUGCAGAAUUCCAAUUCACGUUACAGCAGGAGCCGUUUGUCAGGGCGGGCUCGUCUCUCCUUAUCCCACACUGUUGUCCUGUCCCUCACUCUUUUGUCUAAGCGCAUAAGCUAUCGCUCUGUAUCUAGCAGUUUCCGUCUAGAGAAAGGAAACAUCCACAGGAUCUUCUUCUCUUUCUGUGAGCGUGUCAACAUGCUAGAAGACCAACUCAUCAAAUGGCCUGUUGGCUCUACUGAGAGAGGAAGUCUCCUGCCACUGUCCAGUCUGCUGGGGAAAGCCGUUCGACCGGAGGAGCAGGAUAUCCCCACGGUCCUGGGAGUCCUGGGCAACACCCGCAUCCCUAUCCGCCUACCCAUUGGGAAACAAGAUUUUGACAGUGUGGUGCCAGAGGUUAAAAAGAUGAAAAAAGAAGUCCAUCCUGACUCCUGGCUCAACUUGGAGCUGGUGUGUGACUUCAGAGGCAGAUUCAUACACUGCAGGAUCAGAAAGGGGUCAGACACGACCAGAGGCAGCUCUCUUAAAGACAAACUCAAACAGCACUCUGAAAUGAUGCCUCCUGGAUCUUGCCUCGUUGCUCGAGUAGGAUAUCCUGUCUGUACACAGAUUUUGACCCCGUUCACGAUCACUCAUGGUCCUAGAGAGAAUCUCUACAACAGGACGUUGGGGGUUCAUUUUUGUGCCUUCGACCAGGCCAUAGCUGACCUGAAAACGAGGUUUCAAAGGCUCCGGUAUCUGGACAUGGGUAACUUUGAGAGGGCCAAAGCAGUUGUCCUGACUGCCUGCAUACUGCACAAUGUUUUCCUUGACAUGGGGCAAGAGGUCAGAGGGGAGAUUGAGGAGGAAGUGAGUGUGCAGGAGGCAGAGGGAGAAACUGAUAUUGAAGGUAUGGAGAGAAGAACAGCUGUUGCAGAUUUACUCUAUCAAGCUUUGGAUUUCAGCAAUGUGUGAUGUUGUAAAUUUUUUAUGACCCAUCUCUUCUGUUAUAGUUUUCUUUUAUUAAAAACAAUUUACAAUA